AAUUAACGUAUCCUAUAUUAUAUAAUAGAUAGAUUCUAUAUAUACUCAUCACGACAAUCGUCGAUUCCGCGUGUCAUCACCCGCCGUCGCCCGCCUCCUCACUACACAUCCGCCGCCAAUGGCCAAAAUAAUGGUAAAAGGGUGUAAUGUAUAUGUGGUGCACAAUUACUCAACUAUCAAGAAAAUGCCGGUGGGGGAAUGUACACGAAGCGAAAUAUUUGAUGUGGCUGGUCACUUGUUUAGAAUCGUCUUAUAUCCUCAGGGAAUGGAUGAGAUUGAUUACAUUAAUCAGACUAGUGCAUUUACUAUUCAGAAUGAAAGUGUAUCAGAAGUGGAAUUGGUGGUUUCGUUUGAGAUUCUCCAUCCAUAUCCUUUACUCGGUUCAAACGUGAGGCGCUCUUCAUUUCAUGACAGACUAAUAUUUAGGAAUGUCCUUACCGCCCAACCUGGACUUGAGUCUCGAUGUAUUCCAUUUUUGCAACCAUGGAUUGCUUCUAUGCCUCGAGGAAUAAGUGAUACCUUGAAGAUUAGAGCAACAGUUGGAGUUUUUAUCAAUGCACUUGAUGUGCCAAUUGAUAGGACUAUAUUCUUUCGAGCAGGGGGUGAACGAUUCUAUGCAGAGGAGUCUGUAUUAAGAACACGAUGUCGUCAACUUCACAGACUCGCAUGUGAUUCCAAUGGCGAUGUUCUUGAUGCAGAUGUUGUUCUCGAAGCAGAUAUUGGAUCAGAUCUUUUCUGUGCUGUGCUAUGGUUUAUAUAUAACAAAAAGCUUCAAACAUUAGAUAAAGUAGAUAUUGUUAGGAGCAACAUGCGUGAUCCCAAUUCGUGGGGUCAGAGUAUGCUUCGAGCAGCUGAUCGAUUUCAAUUGCCACAUCUCAGAAGGAUGUGUAACUCGCUCCUUUUCUUUCGCGACGUACAGAUACAUGAUAUGUGCUUCCCAAUUGGAUCGGCUUUUAGGAAAUCAUGGAACAUCAUACGCAUGGUACACAAAGAUUCUUAAGUGGUAAGGAAGCUUAAAUUUGUCUAUACUUGUGUAAAGUGUAGAAGAUUCAUGAUGGUGUUACCAUUGAAUGGAUAUUAGCAUUUAUGUUUCUUUUGAUGAGAUUUUGUUAAUGAGUUUCUUUUGAUGAAUAAGCAGAUUGCACC